UUUAGUUCGAAGCUUAUCGAAUUGAAAAACUGUCAAAAAAUGUCAAAGAAGCAGCGAAAUGUUUCAGUGAAAUUUUUCAGAAUUUUUCCGAAAGCCGAGAAAUUUGGACAGAAAUCGAAUCAAUAACUGCAUGUUUAAGAUCUGAAAAACCAGAUGCAGAUUGUGAGUUAUUAUGUCAAAUGUUCCAACAUAUUCCUCAAGAACUGCAGCACAGGUUGUUGAUAAUGACAGCUGAUCACAGUGAAGAUACUAUGGAGCAUUGUAAAUUAUUGUUAUUGCUAUUAAAAAGAUUUCCGCAAACAAUUCCAACCCACGGACCAAGACUGGUUGAGACAUUACUGACAGCAGAAAAACACAGCCACCCAGGACAAGCAGUGAAUGGAUUCCGACGUCUACUAGCUUGCGAUGCAUUGCCACUGUUGGGAGGAGCGCCUGUUGAAUUAAGCCCGCGGUUGAGUUUGCGAUUGCUCUGCAAAGCAAUAGAAUUCUAUCUGGCUUAUAUCCAGCAGCCGCUGGACUCGCAGAUCCAACAGCCUUGGGACAGACUGUUCCAGGUGAUGGAAGUGAUGGGCGCAAAACUAGGCUGGGAGUUGGGCAAUCUUUUCGCAACGACUUGGAACCAAGAAUUGUACUGCGAAAGAAUUCAGCAGUACAUAAAAACUCAUACUAACGUUUUAAAUGACGAACCAACAAUAAAACAAUUGUCGAUUUGUACAGUUGUUGUAUUAAUUAGGAUUUUAAGUGGACAUCAUAGUAAAAUUAAAAAUGAUGAAGUGCCUUAUUGUCUCAUCGAAGCUUUUGCUGAACCAUUCCCUUCUUCGGAAACAAAGAUGAAAAAACGUAAGAGAGAAGAGGGACCAGGAAUAGUUCUAACUAGCGAUGGAGAGUACGACGGGCAAGGAUUAACCUCAGCAGUAAUGCUGUGGGAUAUUUUACACAGUACUGAGUACAUGCAAAGAGAAAUUACUAAACUCAGCCAACAAAUGCAUCUUGAAACUUGGAUAAAUCCUUUUCUAACAGACGUUGCUGUGUAUAAGGGCUUACAUCACGAAUUGCUAGCAAGGUUACCGCAAGAUACCAGUGGAACUCUAGCUGCUAUGUUGGACUACAUCGUGAUGAUAGCAAGCUCAUUGCCUCAAGUACGAGGUAAAGUGUCUAAUAAAUUAACUAUCCCAAGUUUAAGACACUUGCACUAUUUACCGCUAGCAGAAUUACCGAUUCUUCAGUAUUGCUCGAAAUUACUGUUAGCUGGUAUUAAGCAUAAACUGUCAGUAGUAGGAGACACUGGAGACUGGGCGAUAGGAAACGCUUUGGUUCUCAUGCAAAUAGACUGGCCUCAAGAGUCUAAUUUCUUGGGAAUUAUUACCGAUCGAAUACAUGCUAACAAAGCUUUUCAGUAUCCACUUUUCCUGGAUUAUAUUAUAAACAUUGAUAUCCUGGAAGAGUUGACCUAUUUGUGGACAGAACACGGCGGUGGGAUUUCUUUGGACAUUGCAAUUGGGUCAGAAGUACUGCAAAAUCGGAGAAUUACCACUAGAGGUGCUGACAAAGGGGUUCGUGAAGAAAUCAGACAAGCUAUGAGAAGACAAGCGGCUCGAGACUCUGUAGAUUCAAUUAAUGAGUUGGUACAAAGGUUUAUUGUUAAUGAAAAAGUUGCUCUGUUACACAGUUUAAUGAUGAAA